GUGGUGAUGGUAAGCCAAGUUAAUUUUCAUCUGAUCAGUAGUAGGUACGCGGUAGUAUAUAAAGAGUCGGAGGUAAAAUUCUGGACCAGUUGUCUUAGCGAGUACUGAAUAUCUUCAGCAGCGCAGAGAAUAGCUUGAUAGCCAUGAAUAAAAUAAUUUUGAUUUUGUCUCUGAUUGGAGUCGCGGUGGCGAAACCAUCGGCGUUAUUCCUCAGCCCUGGGUUUGUUGAAUUGAGAGCUGGAGCACCGAUCGGUUUUGAUGGCAAAGUGGUCGACACACCGGAAGUCGCUCUAGCAAAGGCUGAACAUGCGGCGGCUCACAUAAACGAAAGACUCAGUCAUGGAGCGGCUGGUUCUGUUGCACUUCCAGUAGCUAAAUUUGACUUGUCUGGAGGAGCUCCCAUCGGCGUGGAUGGUCGUGUUGUCGACACACCGGAAGUAGCAUUCGCCAAAGCGGAACACGCAGCCGCUCACAUCAACGAACAACUCGAGGCCGGUAGCGUUGAUACGAACUUGCUGACUUACAAACUCGCGAAACUUCAACCUGGUGCGCCGAUCGGUUUGGACGGAAGGGUGCUUGAGACUCCUGAGGUCGCGCUCGCGAGAGCUGAACACGCAGCCGCUCACUUCAAUGAAAGACUCAAUCAUGCUUCAGAAGGAAUUAAAAACUCGGCAUUUAUUCCUGUUUCUACUUAUUCUUACAUCGCCCCAUCACCAUUUGUCCACUAUUAUGUUUGAAAUAAAAAAUUUAUUAUUUUCUCAUGUACAAUCAAUAGAAAUAUUUUUCACUGUCAAUAAAAAAUUUUAAUUUUAA